AUGGCGAAGAAAAUUGCCGUUGUUUGGGCGUCCAAGGGAGGCCUGGGCGACGUGGGGAAGUUCGCGGCGUCCCACGCCGCGCUGCGCGGAAGUGCCGUGGAGCUCACGGCAGUGGCCCUCUCAGAGGAUGGCGCGGCGACGGGUGUGGAGAGCACGGAGGUCUUCCCCGCCACGCGCGCCGAGAAACUCCAAGAGACUCUGAAGGAUGUCGAGAUCAAGAAGGUCAACAUCAAGAGCGAGGAUGCAGAGGAGUCCUUGGCCACCAUCUUCAGUGGUGUGGAUGCUGUGAUUGCAUGCCCCGGCAGUCGCCAGAGCGGCAUUGCCACCACUUGCACCAUUGGAGCGCGGAAGAUCGUGGCGGCGAUGAAGAAAGCCAAGGUGGAGCGGUUGGUGGUUUUGUCAUCUUUCGGAAUUGGAGAUGAUUACAUGCCCAGCAGUGUCUUGAAGUUCUUUUGGGGCUUUCUGCUGCGCGUGGUUUGGCCGACCAUGCGACGGGACGUGGAAGGCAUGGAGAAGAUUGUGAAGGAGAGUGGCCUCGAGUAUUUGAUCGUCCGACCCAUGGGCGUUGAUCCGAAGGAGCUGCCGGUGGGGUCCUAUGCCAUUCUCACCGCCCGAGGCCAGGGCAGCCUGCCGCUGACCGUGGCCAAAGAUGAUGUUGGUUUGUUCUUGUUGGAGGAGGCCGUGGCGCCCAAGCACACCAAGACGGGCGUGACCAUCGGAAAGGAUAAGACGGCCACCGUGGUCUGA